AUGCUUCGUACAAGAUCCAAUCCCAAUCCUCAACAACCAGAAACACCCCAUUCCAAGUCCCUCGAACCGGACACACCAAUGUCGCAUUACACCUCUCGUAUUCAUUCAGAGGACGAUCCCGUCCAUCCUUCCAACCUCAACUCCGAUUCAGAAUACUUGGGAGGUGGGAGUGGUGAAGGAUCCGGUACGGGUACACCUGCUGCUCAUGCUGGCAGCGCUUCAUUGGAAGGUGUGAAUUCCAGCUCGACCGGUACAGAAUUUAACUCUACUACAAAUCAACAGAGACGUAUGUCUGCCGGUUCUGGUGGGAAAGGUAGUGGGAUAUCGGAGAAACCAGGCGGUGGGAUACAAAGUAGAAGAAGUAAGAAUGGUCUAACAUUAAAUCUAAGUUCGUUGAUGGGUAAAAGAUCAAAAGGAAAUAAAUUUGGUUUAUCACAGAAAGGUUGGAUGGCCGUUACUGGAUUUGUUGGGUUCAUAUUACUCUUAAAAUUACUAUUCUCCGGAUCAUCAGAAGAUCCUCAUCAUCACGUCAUUGAUCAAUCUCAUCUCGUACCUCGGGAUUACCUGAACAACUCCCUUAUUGAUCCUGCCCCAUUCGAAUUCUGUCCCGUGUUUGGUCCAGGAGAUGCGAUAGCAGCGAGAAGAGGUCAGCUGGAGUUGUUGAAAUCUAGGUUACAUACAGGUACCAAUGCCAGAGUACAGAGGGUAUUGCAAAAAGCUAUGAGUGGAAGUAGUAUUACUUUGAGUGUUUUAGGUGGAUCAGUAUCCGCAUGUACAGGAGCAGGUGACGAUCCCGUCAACGAAAAAUGUUAUCCUCAUAAAUUCUUUGAUUGGUGGAAUACCGUUUUCCCUCACCCCGCAAACGAAUUGACCAACGGAGCUACCAAGAAGACGGAUUCAGCUUAUUACGCUUAUUGCAACUCGCACCAUUUACCUGACAAGACCGAUUUGGUCAUUCUGGAAUUUGAUGCUGCUGAUCCAAACGAUCCAGAAUGGCUUCAACAUUUCGAGCUUCUCGUCCGAUCCAUCCUUGUCCGACCAGAAAUGCCAGCUGUCAUCAUCCUCGGACACUUCAGUCCACAAGUCCAGGCUCAGAACGGGUUCGCUGGACCUGAAUUGCUUCACAAUGUCGUUGCUCAAUUCUACGAUGUCCCGCAUAUCAGUGCCAAAGGAGUGUUAUAUGAGCAAUACCUCGAAAUGCCUGAACAAGCCCGAUCGACCUUCUAUGCUGAUCCGAACCACGCCAAUCAUAACGGGCACGAUCUCAUCGCGGACGUAUUGAUCUCCUACAUCAUGUCUCAGAUCUGUUCCGGUUGGUCAGCUAUCAACGGACAUGCCUUUGACGUACCCAACUUGGGUACUGAGGGAGACAACUCAGCUAGUGGACCCUCGCUACUGGGUGGAGUAGGACUGAGAAAAGGUAUGCCAGGUCAAGAUCCCGGAGAUGGAGAUUCAGCUGGAUCUUCCCUGGCUGAACGAUACCAAGGUCUGAGAGUACCUCAAAUGAGGUUGAACGAUCGACCACAUGACGUUCAGCAAUUCAGAGAGAUCGAACCUUUCUGUGUGGCCGCCAGUGAUCUGAUCAACCCUUUACCUCCAAGUUUGUUCUAUGGUAGUGGUUGGCAUACUUACCAUCCACCAAAAGGUGCGGUAUAUGAGGAUAGACAUUAUUGGUACGCUGAGCAACCCACCGCACGACUUAGAGUACCACUCAAACUCGGUGCAGGAGACGUGGGAAUCUACUUCCUUCAAUCUCCACCUGAUAAACCCCUGGGUACAGUCAAAUGUUGGGUGGAUGAUAAUGUUGGAGGAGCGAAGGAAUUGGCAGGCACAGCCGAAGUAGAGGAUGUGAUUGCUACCCUGGUAAUGAUCGAUAGAGGUGUAUCGAGAGGUUCGCAUUUCGUCGAAUGCCAACUUCAAGGUGAAGCUGGGGGUACUUCACCACCAUUCAAGAUAUUGGGAAUGUGA